AUGGCUCACGAAAACGUCUGGUUCUCCCACCCAAGAAACUUUGGUAAAGGCUCUCGCCAGUGCCGUGUCUGCUCUUCCCACCAGGGUUUGAUCAGAAAGUACGGUUUGGACAUCUGCCGUCAGUGCUUCAGAGAGAAGGCCAACGACAUCGGCUUCCACAAGUACAGAUAA